CAAAGCCUACCAACAACGAGAAAAACAGCAACAAAAAACACUUGCAUUUUCACAUCAAGAAACAACAACACUUGCAUUUUCAUCAUGGAUAGAGUGGCUAAGAUAUCUUCACAGAGGGCGGUGGUGAUAUUCAGCAAGAGCACGUGCUGUAUGUGCCACGCAAUCAAGAGACUAUUCUACGAGCAAGGCGUGAGCCCUCUGAUCCACGAGCUCGAUGAGGACCCAAGAGGGAAGGAAUUGGAGUCGGCUCUGAUGAAGCUAGGCUGCAGCCCUGCUGCACCUGCAGUGUUCGUUGGGGGGAAGCUCGUUGGCUCAGCAAACACGGUGAUGACUCUGCAGCUCAACGGCUCACUCAAGAUGAUGCUCAAAGAUGCAGGGGCCUUAUGGCUAUAGAAAUCACUCAAAUACAUCAACAUGAAAAGGCUGUGAUUUUUAUAAGAUCAAAUCCAGCUCUGCUCAUCUUGUCUAGUUCCUUUUCUUUUUUAGUUAGAACUAUCUCAAGGGUGUAUAUAUACUUUCUCUGAUCUAAAUAGACCAGUUUGAAGCUCAUAAACUGCUA